ACAAUGGACCCUUCUGCUCAGGUGCUAUAUAAGCUCCCUUUCAUGCCAGGUAGGUAGAUACCCACUCCAGUAGCCCCAGUUACAGCCCAGUACAACCAGUACUACCAGUACCAGCCUCACCAUGUCCGCCAGCAACAUGAACAUGAACAACAGAGUCACCUUCUACGAGGAGAAGAACUUCCAGGGCCGCUCCUACGAGUGCAGCAGCGACUGCGCUGACAUGUCCUCCUACCUGAGCAGGUGCCACUCCUGCAGGGUGGAGCGCGGCUGCUUCAUGGUCUACGACCGCUCCAACUACAUGGGCAACCAGUUCUUCAUGAGGAGGGGCGAGUACUCCGACUACAUGAGCAUGAUGGGCAUGAGCGACUGCAUCAAGUCCGUCCGCAUGAUCCCCAUGCACCGCGGCCAGUACAGGAUGAGGAUCUACGAGAGGGACAACUUCGGCGGCCAGAUGCACGAGAUGAUGGAGGACUGCGAUAAUGUCAUGGACCGCUACCGCAUGUCCAACUGCAUGUCCUGCAACGUGAUGGACGGCCACUGGCUGAUGUACGAGCAGCCCCAGUACAGGGGCAGGUGCAUGUACAUGAGGCCCGGAGAGUACAGGAACUUCAUGAACCACGGCAUGAGCCAGGGCAUGAGGUUCAUGAGCAUGAGGCGCAUCAACGACUCCUACUACUAGACCAGCACACCUCCAGUCUCCUCCAUGAGGCUCACCAUGGACUCUUGCUACUAGAGUCUCUAUGAAUACCAUAGGGAAAUACAGUCAAUAAAGAAAUGUUCCUUUAAA